CCUUGGGAGCGCAACAGGGGAGGCGGGGUCCUUCUCUGGGGCGGUCGCGCAGGCAGCAGCUGCGGAAAGCCGGACGCGGAGCAUCAUGUAUUACAAGUUUAGUGGAUUCACGCAGAAGUUGACUGGAGCUUGGGCUUCGGAAGCCUACAGCCCGCAGGGAUUAAGGCCUGUGGUUUCCACAGAAGCACCACCUAUCAUAUUUGCCACACCGACUAAGCUGACCUCUAGUCCCACUUAUGAUUAUGCUGGGAAGAACAAAGUUCCAGAGCUACAGAAGUUUUUCCAGAAAUCUGAUGGUGUGCCCAUCCACCUGAAACGAGGCCUGCCUGACCAAAUGCUUUACCGGACCACCAUGGCACUGACUGUGGGAGGGACCAUCUACUGCCUGAUCGCCCUCUACAUGGCUUCACAACCCAAAAACAAAUAAGUUAGGCUGCAGGGGACUGGUUUGUUUUUUGGCAUAAACCCUUUGAAUUUUCAUUGUUUCUUCUCAUUUUUUUCCCCCUCACUUGGAUGGUCUACUUAACAUUUUCACAGGAAAGGAAAAAAAAAAAAAAAAAAAAAAAGAGAGAGAGAGAGAGAUAGAAGACAGUAUUUUGGUUUGUUUAUGAAAUGCAUAUGGCCUGUCAGAUGUCAGGCUCAUUUGACAGUUAAAACUAUUGUUUAAAGAAACACUGUGCCGUGUGCUUGGGCUCCUGAUUUCCCUGGAGGUUCUGGAUGAAGUUUGCACACAGGCUUAUUAAUGCCAGUCUGUGCUGAGGGCCUCUGGGACUUGGGAUUGCAUAUUCAAGCAUGGAGUGCAGAAGCCUUUCUGGAUUUGGAUGUGACUGAGAAUGGAAGACGAAAUCCAAGGCCAGAUGCAUGAAAUGGGGGGUUUGAGUCAGUAGUCACCUUGGGGAAUUUUUCCAUCUUGCAGCAAAAUGUUAACAGAAAUUAUUUGCAGCUUGCCUGUAUUCAUCGGGCAGUUUGUUUCAAAGGGUUAUUUGCCUCAUCCCAGAUCUUUAGUGAAAUUUUAUGUGUAAUUGUUGUGUAUUCCAUCAUGGGAACAGAUAACACCUGUUUACUGUUGCACUUUAAAUUCAUGUCUGUCUUGUUUGUUAAUGCAGCUGUGCCACAAAUUCUACUUUGUUUUAAAAAUGUGUACAGCUUUAAAUUAUGGUUUAUUUUGAUGAUGGAAUAAAUACGUGAAUGAAAAAUUA